UGGUUUGGUCGGAACAUUUUCGUUAUCCAAAGUGAUCGUAUUGUGAUCACUGAAUUUUCGAAAUUGGUACACGCCAAGCUUAUGUGCCACGUGACGUUGAUUGAAAUCUUGAGUGAAUAACAGAUAUAGGGUAAUAACACCGAUGAAGUAAUGCUAAAGACUGUCAGUCCCGGCCUGAUCAAAAUUAUGAGUUAAUAAAUAAUAGAUUGUAAAUAAGAUUACGAGCAACAUGUCUACUAAAGACAAACACGCCUUGAAAGAAGUAAUCAAAACACCAGAAAAGCAGAAUGAUACAGUGACCUGGAAUCUGGACAGUGUGCUGUUGCGAACAUUUUUACUAGUCACUUGCAUCAAGAUGCUCUUGAUUCCUACUUAUCAUUCCACUGAUUUUGAAGUACACCGUAAUUGGCUUGCGAUCACAUAUAAUUUACCUCUUAAAGAAUGGUAUUUAAAUGCACAAUCUAUGUGGACUCUGGACUACCCUCCUCUGUUUGCAUGGUUUGAGUACUGCCUCAGUCAGGUAGCAGUGUUCUUCGAUCCUGAAAUGGUCAAAGUGGAGAAUUUAAAUUACUUAUCAUCAAAUACUGUAUACUUUCAAAGAGGUAGUGUUAUACUAGCUGAUUUGAUGUUUGCAUAUGGAGUAAGAAAAACAGGUAGAAUAUUUUUUAAAUCCACAAACAGUAAUGUAGUCUUUAUGCUUUUAUCCCUAUGCAACAUAGGACUAUUGAUAGUGGAUCAUAUACAUUUCCAGUACAAUGGCUUCCUACUUGGUAUCCUGUUAGUGUCAAUGGCAAAUGUGUCAAUGAUCAGUGAGCAGAUGUCUAUAUUGCAAGGUGCUGCAUGGUUCGCUGUUUUACUCAACCUAAAACACUUGUAUGUUUAUGUAGCACCAGCAUACAUUGUCUGGCUACUAAGGUCAUAUUGCUUGAACAGUGGGAAAUUCUUCAAACGUAUAUUCAUGCUCAGUCUUAUCGUUCUGACUAUCUUAGCAGUUUCAUUUGGUCCUUUUGCAACUCAAUUACCACAGGUGAUUUCCCGUUUGUUUCCGUUUAAAAGAGGUCUGGUACAUUCAUAUUGGGCUGCAAAUGGUUGGGCUCUGUAUAUUGGUGUGGAAAAAGUGCUAUCUGUGAUAUGGAGACAUUUAGGAUGGUUAAAAGAUGUUAAAUCAGCAGUGAUGACUGGUGGUUUAGUGCAGGAACAGGUCUUUCUUAUAUUGCCCACUCCAACCCCUCUCGUUACAUUCCUCUUGACUUUUUUGGCAAUACUUCCUGUGCUAUGGUGCCUAUACUGUAAAAAGCAGUACAUGAACUCGAAAUAUUUUGUUAGAUGUAUUGUUCUAUGUGCUUUAGGAUCGUUUAUGUUUAGCUGGCAUGUACAUGAGAAAGCCAUACUGACCGCGAUCAUUCCUUUGUGCGUUCUCGCGGCGAUAGACGAGGAAGAUGCGAGGACUUUUAUAAUCCUAAGUAGUGCCGGACACACCGCUAUCCUGCCAUUAUUAUACCCCGAUAAUCUGUCCCUAUUAAAGAUAAUAUUGUCGCUGACAUAUAUGUUCGCAUCGAUUACAGUUCUAAUGAAUCACCAUGGCAGGCCUUUGUUGCGAUUGCACGAGUGGUUGUAUGUAAUUCCUCUGCCGUUAGUCACGAUCUACGAAACGGUACUGCACAAGUUGCUGUUCGCUGACAGAUUGCCAUUCUUACCAUUAGCAUUUACUUCCAUAUACUGCGCGAUCGGUAUUACUUACUGUUGGAUAUUAUAUUACUGUAUGUAUCUGCGAGUUAAUGUCCACACCGAUGAAAAAACGACAGUUAGCAAAUUGAGACGUCAAAGAAUGAAGGAUAAACGAUCUUAAAAACAAUCGCGAGAGGUCUAUAUGUAUUCUCGAAAUAAAGUUUAUACAUUCUAUACGA